GACCUAAUUACAAGUUGGACCCACCGUUCUAAAACCUCACCAUCCCUUGCAGACGUUAAUGGACUCCACACCAUUCCCCUCCAAAAAGUCCCUUCCCCCUUAAAAACCAAGCCUUCUUUUCUACACCACUAACGAACACACACACACAUAUAUACGUUUACGACCCUCUCAGGAAAAGGCCGGCAAGUCCAAUUUUGUCACUGGGCUCAAUAAUUGUGGAGCCAUCCAUGGCUUUGUGCGUGACGGACACGGCUCGAGCACUGGCUUGCCGGGACGGCAAAGCGGCGGCGAAGCUCAAGUUCAUAUCCAUAUUCGUGAUAUUUUUCACGAGCGUCAUCGGAAUAUCGUCGCCAGUGAUGCUCGCUCGACUUUUCCACGGAAAACCGGUGUACGACAAGGCAAUUUUGAUAAUCAAGUGCUUCGCCGCCGGUGUGAUUCUCUCCACUUCACUCGUACACGUCCUUCCAGACGCCUUCGAUGCUCUAUCCGAUUGCCAGGUGGCGUCGCGCCACCCAUGGAAGGACUUUCCGUUCUCCGGACUCGUGACCUUAAUCGGCGUCUUGAUGGCUCUGUUAGUCGAUUUAACGGCGACUUCACACGUCGACAGUCACAGUCACAGUCACAGUCACAGCCCCAAGCCUAGUAGUGAGUACACGCCGAUUGGGACGCAGGAUAGAUUGGCGACGGUGACGGCGUGCAAGAAAGCGUUGGAGAUGGAAGUUGAAUUGGGGGUUGACCACAGUCACAGCCCCAAGCCUAGUAGUGAGUACACGCCGAUUGGGACGCAGGAGAGAUUGGGGACGAUGACGGCGUGCAAGAAAGCGUCGGAGGUGGAAGUUGAAUUGGGGGGGGUUGACCGGGAACCGGAAGAGAUGGUGAAGCUGAAGCAGAGAUUGGUGUCGCAGGUGUUGGAGAUUGGGAUUAUAUUUCACUCGGUGAUCAUAGGGGUGACAAUGGGAAUGAGUCAAAAUCAGUGUACGAUAAGGCCUCUCGUUGCCGCACUGGCGUUCCACCAGAUCUUUGAAGGGAUGGGUCUCGGAGGUUGCAUUGCUCAGGCGGGUUUCAGCUUCGGAACAACAGCCUACAUGUGCUUUAUGUUUGCAGUAACAACACCAAUUGGGAUAGUUUUGGGAAUGAUCGUUUUCUCGGUGACCGGGUACGAUGACAGCAGUCCUAAUGCCUUGAUUCUGGAGGGGUUGUUGGGGUCCCUAUCAUCUGGUAUUCUCAUCUACAUGGGUCUAGUUGACCUCAUAGCUCUUGAUUUCUUUCAUAACAAGUUGAUGAGUUCUCAAGUAUGGUUGAAAAAGGCAUCUUUUAUUGCUCUUGUUCUUGGCUCUACCUCAAUGUCUAUCCUUGCCAUUUGGGCUUAAAGAUGAAGUUUUGCAAAAGUCGGAUCAAAAGCAGAACCACAAAAAGAUUUCAAACCUGGUUCCAUUAAUUGUAAAACUAUGAUGUACCCUUUUUUUUUUUGAUUCAUCCUAAAACAAAGCCCAGCCGUUGUAUUCAAAUUUCUAUAAGGUCCUGUCAAUGCCUCUUAAGGUUCAACAAUUGCACCAGUGGUGACAGAUCAGAAGUUUCCUUGACCAGUGGUGACAGAUCAGAAGUUUCUUUUGCAUCAAGGAAAACAUGGAACUAGUUGAAGGUGUUGAAAAAAGUCUCUAAAAAACUAUGAGAUUUGGUGCAGGUCAGAUCUACCUAGUCUUUAUUGACUGCAAAGAGAUUGUUUUUGUAAAUGGAACCCGUGAUACUCGAGAGAUAACAGACCAAUAUCAUUACUGCACCAAAAUUAGCCCUCGCGUUAUAUAUAAUAGUUUUGAUUAACAUAACAAGAAAAUGUUUGAAAGUUCCCUAGAAACAUUUUUUAUUACACUGUUAACAAAGA